UGUGAAACACCAUAAACAUUUACCAGCUGACCGAUUAUCAACAAAAUUUUCUUUUUAAUUUGCCGAAAAAAAAAUUAUUUGACCUAGCACGCCGAAAAAAAGUUACAGUACACCUGCAAAAUUGCAACUUCAGCAGAAAUUUGAAAAAAGGAACACGUACCCUAAACAGCUUGUUAUAAAAAUAGCAUCGAGAAAAGCCACGAAGGCAGCUAGAAUUGUUUAACAGUAGCAAUUCGAAAAUAAAACUAUAGCUAAUUGUUUAAAUAUAGAGCUCUAUUAAUCAUGAAGACACGUUUAAGCAAAAGGUUAAUAAUAUUGACUUUUUCAUGGUCGUUGCUGUUGAUAAGCAGCAAUUGCAUUGCAACAACUAAUGCUGCCGAUGAUAAAGAUAAUAGUCUACAAGUUAUCUAUGCAGUUAAUUCCGGUGGUUAUGAUCAUAUAGACAAACAUAGUAUUCACUAUGAAUCGGAUCCUUUGAAUGUGGGCACCGCCUCCGAUUAUGGCAAUCAUUUAUUGAUUAUUGGACGGGUGCCCGAGCAAGAUGAGGUUUUGUAUCGCACAGAACGUUAUCACACUGCAACCUUUGGCUAUGAUUUACCCUUGGAGGGGGAUGGUGAAUAUGCAUUGGUACUGAAAUUCUGCGAGGUCUAUUUUAAUGAACCAAAUAUGAAGAUUUUCGAUGUGGUACUAAAUCGCAAACAUGAAGUGGUCUCCAAUCUGGACAUUUUUGCACAAGUGGGUCGCGGCACAGCCCACGAUGAAUAUGUCUACUUUACUGUUACGCGAGGAAAGUUACACUAUAAAGAUGAAAUUUCCGAUAUUCGCAACAAUAUUGUGCGUUUGGAAUUCAUUAAGGGUUCCUAUGACAAUCCCAAAAUAAAUGCCUUUGUCCUAUUCAAAGGCGAUGUCAAUAGAAUACCCAAAUUGAAACCCCUACACAAUGAUGCUGUAAUACAAGAUGGUGACUUUAAUGAAGUAACUGAGCAGCCAAUUACAGAGAGAAUGCCCGCAACAACUGCCAGCACAACAAAGAAAUCUGCAAAGGUUAAGAAAACCAUAACAGAAGAAAAGAAAAUUCCCACACCACCUGUAGAGGAGGAUAACACGUUGAUCGUUGACGAUGAAGAAGAUGAUUUCGAUUUGUCAUUUACGGAUAAUCGUAAAAAUAGUAAAACAAGUGGUCCCCGCCAACCGAAUCCUUACACUAUGGACGAUUCCAUGGUGUUAAUGCCAGUGUUUAUAGCAAUCGGUUGUUUUAUACCUCUGCUCUUCUGUCUGUGUAAAUUAUGAGUUGAUUAAGCCGGUGAUUUCGAAUGACUUGUCUUAUCUUUAGCUUUAUUUAAACAUCGAUUUACUUUAUUUCCAAGCUGUGGUGAAAGAGUCCGCAAGCCAGCGUGGCUGUAUUUGCUGUUUUGUGUUCUUUGUUUACUAUGUUUGUAACGCACAAAUUUUUAUUGUGUUAUAAAGAGUUUGAACGGAAAAAAAGUUGGUAAUAAAAUUGAAAAUAAUAAAUGCAAUAUUUGCACUAAUAUUCAAUAGCAAACAUGUCUCUAAAUAUUGUAUACUAACAAAAUAUUAAUACACAUUCGAUAGUUUUAAAAAAAUGUUACUUAAAUUCAACUGAUAUAAACUUCUAUACUUAAUUAGACCUUUUUCCGUUCAAACUCUAAAUAUUACUCUAUUUAUAUAUGGUCUUUUGUUUAAUGUUUGAAUCAUUAUUUGUUACUUAAACAUGAUAAUGACUUCUGUUAAGUACUUAGCAUUUAAUUUUUUUUUAUUAUUUUCUAGUAAUAUUAUUCUUAAAGAGACACUUUUUUAUACUUUAAUGUUCCUUAUUAGGGUUUAUAUUUAAUUUUUUUACAAACUAAUUUAUUAAAGCACAAAUUUAUAUUGCACUUAAUUUUGUUUUGGAAAAAUAAACAAUAUUUUUGUUUAUUAGCGAGCUUUUUGUUUUAUAAAUUUAUUACAAAAUUGUAUUUAAAUUUAGCUAAAUAAAUUGAAGAGAAAAUAAUGUUGAAUAAAAAAAACUAAUAAA